CUCGCGAACGACGGCUCAUUCUCAGUUUUACAAUGGGCGUAGCGCACGUUUGAAUUCUCAAAUUUCAUUCAAAAGUCAUUGAAAAGUAUAAGACACUCUGAGCUAGCAAUCGAUAGAGUAUCGAAAUAAAGAAUUUUUGAGUUCGGUACAAUUUUAGAAUAUUCCUCUUGGCAAGUGUAAAGACAACUACGACACGCUUAUUUGCAAUUCGUGUAGAAUCACUCGGGUGGUAAUUCUGUCAAUCUUUCUUUUCCUAUUGCGACGACGUACGGUGAUACCAGAGGAGGACGAGUUUUUAUUUUCUUUCUUUUUCCGACGGAAGGAAACGUACGACUCUUCUUAGUUCCACUCAAAUCCUCGUGUUACCAAAGUGAUGCUUUGUGCGUACUUGUGAAAAAUAUCGUCAACAACCAGAACCAGACGGACUUUGCAGUUGUGGAUGGACCCCUCUUUGUGGACGCGAAGGCGUUAUCGGCAUUACGCUCUAUAACGCUCCUUCGAUUCUUCGAAUUAGGAUCGUUGACGAUGCUCGAUCAAGUGAAAAAUGACUUUUUAGACGGCAAGGAGGACGAUUCGAUAAAGACAGAAUUUGAAACGAGUAUCGUACGCUCUAGGAUUGAAAAGCAUAAUGGGGGUAAUGAUUUCAUUUUAAAUAAAAAUCGCUAUCGAAGUCUUCCUUACGAAGAAGCUUUCAGGCGGUCGAUAGAAAACCCGGAAGAAUUCUGGGCCGAAGUAGCGCAAUGCGUAGAAUGGAGCAAACCGUGGGAGAAAGUACUAGAUAAUUCCAAUGAACCCUUCACAAAAUGGUACGUAGGUGGCGAGAUAAACGCUUGUCACAAUGCGGUAGAUCGUCACGUGAAUGCUGGUUAUGGAGAAAAAACAGCCCUUAUACACGACAGCCCUCUCACAUUGUCAAUCCGCCGUAUCAGCUACAAUGAAUUAUUGGAAAAAACAUCCCUGCUUGGCGGAGGAUUAGCAAAAUUGGGUGUAAGAAAAGGUGACAGAGUGUUGAUAUACAUGCCAUUAAUACCAGAGACCAUAAUGGCAAUUUUAGCAACGGCAAGACUGGGCGCUAUACACUCCGUUGUAUUUGGAGGAUUUGCCGCACGAGAAUUAGCCAGCAGGAUAAAUCAUGCCGAGCCAAAAGUAAUAAUUGCUGCCAGCUGCGGUCUUGAACCGUCUAGAGUAGUCAAGUAUACUACAAUUGUAAACGAAGCUAUGGGUUUAAUAUCCGUGAAGAAACCACGCUGCAUCGUUUAUCAAAGGAGGAAUGUAUGGGAAUCACCAUUGUUGGAUUAUCAAAUGGAUUGGGAUGAAGUUUUGAAUAGUUCGGAGCCGCAUCCGUGUGUACCUGUCGAGGCCAAUCAACCCUUAUACAUUUUAUACACGUCAGGAACAACAGAUGAACCGAAAGGAAUUCAAAGACCGAUAGGUGGUCACAUUGCCACACUGUGUUGGACGAUGAAAACUAUCUAUGGAAUGGAUAAAAAUUCAAUAUGGUGGGUGGCUUCCGAUCUCGGAUGGGUAGUAGGACACUCUUAUAUUUGUUACGGUCCUCUUUUGUAUGGCAUUACUAGUGUUAUGUACGAGGGUAAGCCGGAUAGAACUCCAGAUGCUGGACAAUACUUUAGAAUCAUAGAUCAACAUAGGGUCAAUGCACUUUUUACUGUCCCAACUGCCUUCAGAGUUAUAAGACGUGCUGAUCCUGAAGCAGUACUUGGGAAAAAAUACUCGACCAAAUCAUUAAAAACAAUAUUUGUAGCUGGAGAACAUUGCGAUUACGAAGCAAAGGCAUGGGCUGAGAAAGUUUUUAAUGUUCCAAUCUUGAAUCAUUGGUGGCAAACGGAAACAGGUCAUGCGAUAACGGCUAAUUGCCUAGGAUUGGGUCAUAGUAUCAAUCCACCGAAAUAUAGUACAGGAAUGCCAUUUCCGGGUUACCUUGUGGAAGUUUUACGUGAGGAUGGUAGCAAAGCGUCGGUUCAUGAACUUGGUAGAAUUGCUGUGAAGUUACCUUUACCACCUGGUACAAUGUCAACACUAUUUUUAGCUCCUGAGAGAUUCAAGAGUAUUUAUUUUUCUAAAUAUCCCGGUUACUACGACACCAUGGAUGCUGGAUACAUUGAUGAGUUCGGUUACGUAUAUGUCACUGCGCGAGAUGACGAUGUCAUUAACGUAGCAGGCCAUCGAUUAUCUACUUCUGCUCUAGAAGAUGUUGUACUAGGACAUCCUGAUGUUGUUGAUGCUGCCGUUGUGGGGGUACCGGAACAUACAAAGGGAGAAAUACCUCUAUGCCUUUACGUUUUAAAAGAUGAUGCUACUAAGAACGAACAAGAAAUUACUCAUGAAAUUGUAGCGAGAGUUCGGGAACUGAUUGGACCAAUAGCGUCUUUUAAAAUUGCUGGUGCCGUAAAAGCUCUGCCCAGAACACGGUCAGGAAAGACUUGUAGAAAAUCCAUAGCAAACUUAGCUCGUUCAAAGGCAGUUAAGAUACCAAGCACUAUCGAGGAUCCUCGAGUGUAUCUUGAAAUAAAGCAGGUUUUACAAAAAUUGGGAUAUGCGAAAAUGGCACCGGAUCCUCAGUGAAAAAAGUGCGUCUGACUAUAGAUCGUGAAAUUAUUUACGUUCCAUAUCUUAAUAUCAAUAGAAAUUGCCAGUGCGAUACAAUUGCAAUUGUACGUUACAGUCUAAUAUAUACUAUUCAGAAAGUAUAAAACCAUUUUUUACAACAUCGCAAUUUUGUAAUUUCAAGGUACAUAAAUAUAAUUACAUUCACGUACAACGUGCAGGCACAUUUACGUGAUCUUCGUAUUGCAGACUUACUGAUGUUAUAGUUUCAAAAGUUAAAAAAUUAUAAUUAAUUGUUGCUACACUAAAUCACCAAAAUUCAGCGUAAACUAUAAUUAAGUACAAAUUUAUAGUUUUUACUUUAUUAAAGAAAUGUCUCACGUCAUAUACACAAAGGUAUUUUAUGGAUUCGCGGUAUUACAAAUCAUGCCAUAUAUUUAGUACCAAGAUGGCUUUUGUACAAAUGUCAUACAAUAAUCUAUCGUUGACAUACGACAAGUAAUAUUAAUAAAGAUGAUUGGAAAAUCA